AUGCCAGAUCGCUGCACGCAUGUGCGUUUCCGUGAUUACGAGGGACACGCAGAACCUUAUCGCGGCAAGGAGAAGAAUACAUGGCAAUGGGAGCUAUUACGGUGCCGUUUUGUUUCGAGGCAUGAGUUGAAGCAACAUUAUUGGUCGAUAGGUCGGCGGCUGCUUGGCGAUCUGGGUCGCGCUGUGAAGCAGCUGAGAGCGGGUGAUCGCCGGCUGGACCGACCGGAGACGGUGUUGCGGCUGAAGCAGGUGCUGGAGACGUACACGGACAUCACCAGGUACCCCCGGUCGGACAGCGUAAGGUCAUUCUUCAAGCCGCUGGGCGUUGAACAAGUCCCUAGGGGAUUUGCUCUAUAG